UAUCUGACGAAUUUAUUACAGUUAGCUUGUUGACCGUGACACACUUUGCCGUAGAUCUAUCUGUGUUGCUGUGAGAACACAGGAAUGCCAUAGUUAUGUUAUGCUUGGUUCAAAGUGGUACAGGCCUAGUGCCAAAGUUGACUCGUCAUUUGAGUACCUUCCCAGGCAAGGUUUUCCAUGUUUGUCAAAUUAGGAAGACGUCUCACAAAAAUGACACGUUAUGGCGGUGGGUGCAAGGAAGAGCAUCCGUGUUGUUCCCACUGUGUCGGCGGUUUGCGGCAUAUCCACCGCUGGGCGACUAUCAAACAGAGAAAAAACUGUUCAAGAUGGAUGUCCCUCAUCGAUUUAACUUUGCCAGGGAUGUUAUUGACAAAUGGACACAAGCCGAAAUAACUGGUAAAAGAACUACUUUGCCAGCAUUCUGGUGGAUUUCCAGUACGAAACCGGAAGUCAAAUGGAGCUUCCAGGAUCUCUCCAGGCUAAGUCAAAGGGUGGCGAACGUUCUGACUGGUGUGUGUGGUUUAACACGUGGUGACAUCGUGAUCAUCAUCCUUCCCAGAGUUCCAGAGUGGUGGCUCAUCAACUUAGCUGCUAUUAGAGCUGGAAUAAUAACAGUUUGUGGCACGACAAUGUUGAAGGGGAGCGACAUCAAACACCGACUGCUAGCAUCCAAGGCUAAAUGCAUCAUCACAAACCCGGCCACGGCUGAUCAAGUGGAGCAGGUAGCAGACGAAAGUCCUCACUUGACUCACAGAGUGGUAGUUGGUCCCAAGUCAGAGACUAGGCCGGGUUGGUUGAAUUUUCAUGAGCUUGAUGAAAAAUCGACGGACGUUUUUGAGUGCGUGGACACCCGUUCCGAUGAGCCGAUGUCGAUCUUCUUUACCAGCGGAACGACCGAUUCCCCCAAGAUGACCGAACACACGCACGCUAGUUACGGCAUCGGUCAUGCCGUGACUGCUAGAUAUUUAGAUCUCGGACAACUGGACAUCUUUUGGUGCGUGUCCGACACGGGAUGGGCGAAGGCUGCAUACAGCAACUUAUUUGCACCCUGGAUUGUUGGAACAUGUGUGUUUAUCGACGAGAUGGAACAAAAAGUCGACCCAGAGAGAAUAUUGAAGAUACUGUCUCAAUAUCCCGUGACUCACAUAUGUAAUGCACCGACCACCAUGAGGACGAUGGUAACACUAAACCUCAAGGCUGCUUCCUUCAUAAACCUGCAAGUCUGCAUCAGUGCUGGCGAACCUGUGAAUCCCGAACUUAAGGAAGCCUGGAAGAUUGGCACAGGACUGGAUCUGCACGAGGGAUACGGACAAACAGAAAUGACCCUCACAUGUUCGACAUUGAUGACAGACAGAGAGGAAUCAAUGGGGAAGGCAUUACCAGGCUAUGAUAUGCAGAUUGUGGACGACGACGGGAACGUUGUAGAGCGGGGUACAGAAGGAAACAUUGGAAUCCGAGUUAGACCACAUCGGCCGGUGGGACUGUUUUCACGAUACGUUAAUGAUCCCGAAAAGACGGCUUCAUGUUACCGUGGUGAUUUUUAUCUUACUGGAGAUAGAGCUUUCAUGGACGAGGAUAGUUUUAUCUUUUUUAUUGGUAGGACUGAUGACGUCAUUAUUUCAGCGGGGUACCGUAUUGGACCGUUUGAAGUGGAAAGUGCCCUGCUGACACAUCCAGCGGUUAUCGAAUCAGCAGCUGUCAGCAGUCCACACGAUAUCAGGGGACAGAUAGUGACGGCGUUCGUGGUACGUACCCCGAACUACGAAUCAAUGGAUGAAGCCACGUUGACCAAGGAGUUGCAGGAUCAUGUAAAAACGGCCACAGCCCCGUACAAGUAUCCAAGAAAGAUUGUGUUUGUGAAAGAACUUCCCAAAACAGUGAGUGGUAAGAUCCGCCGAAUUGACUUGAGAUCUAGAGCAUGGAAUGACGCAAAGAAAAAGAGAUCAUCAUAAAAAACCACAGACUGUUGCCGUAUUAUAUACACAGUGGCAGACCCAGGGGUGGGGUGUCUUAGGUCUUUAGUCCCUUUCGAGCACUGCAAAUGCUCUAAAACUGUCACAGUGUACAAUUAAUGUAUUAUCAAUUUACUGAAAUUUAUAGCUCAGCAAGUGCCUUAUUUUAGUUAUACCCCUUCCAGAAAACAUCUUUGGAUCCGCCUCUGAAGUUAAUAUACUAUGGAUUAUUUAUAUUGUUCAUAAUAAACAGUGCAAUUAUAUUGUUUGUGUAUAUAAUUCAUAUUAUAAACAUUGUAUAAUUGAUGAUUGCAAGUACUGACGUGAUGUAAAAUUGUCCAGCUAGCUGGUGAAUCAUCAGGAACGUGCGCGAGGAGGGGUGCAUUCUCAAAGCAAGUUGUUUUUGUUUUGUAUUGUAUUUAUAAAUAUUGUUUUUAUUAAUAUGCAUUUACCUGCACUUUCAUAAUGAAGGAAUGAAAGAAAAUGUAUUUCAAGGCAUUUCACACGUUUCCGCAAAAUUGUAUUUGUAAGAAAUUAUUUCUCUAAAUCAUACAGUUGUCCAUUGCGAGUAAUUGUAUUAUUUGAUUCAUCAAUUUGCUUCAUAACUGUGAUGUCUAUAUAUAUAUAUAUAUAUAUAUAUAUAUAUAUAUAUAUACAUAUAUUUAAGGUGGGUUUUUAAAAACAUAUCUAUCGGGGAUACUUCCAACAUCACUGGGGUGUUUAUUUUAGAAAAAUAUGUAAUUUGCAACAAAAUGUACAACCUUAUUAAUAAUUAUGUUAAUUAAUUCACCAAAAAUAGAAGGGUGCAUGUGAAAAUUACUAGUAUAUUCUGUAUAAAUCAGAAACUAGAUUUUAUGUUUUUUCUUUUUGAUACUUUAAAUGGCAAAGUUCUGUGAACACGGUCAUGUUAUUGCAAUAAAACAAGGAUAUCAUGUA